AUGGACGUUGACAACCUUGCAGUGGAAAAUCACCACUCAACUGCUGUCCAUGACGCUCAUGGCACCACAGAGAGGAACAUAUCCAACGUAGCCGAUCCCUGCAUUCCUUCUAAAGCAAGCCCUCUCGUCUCUUCAUGGCUCUCCACCAUCCAUGACAGUCUCGCCUCGCUUCUACACUGGACGGGCUCCUACCCAGCUGAGAUACAGAAUUUCCAUCUGGCCUUUUUGCGUCAAGCUGUAUUCCCCUGCCUUAAGUUGCCGCCUGUCGCGGCUGACAGGCUGCAAUACCUUGGGACGCACCACCACGGGGUGUACGAAGCAAGCGUCGCUUUCACGUCUUUUAAAUCACCUAAAGUGCGGUUUGCAGUACAGCCGCUGCUGGAUCCAAACACUACGGACGAUGACCCCCUAGGGCAGAAAGAGAUACGCGAGAAAUUAGAGAGCCUAGCAUCAACAUGUAAUUCAGACCGAUUGUGGCUGGAUGGUCUCAUCGACUCUGUUUUCCUCACUACCGAGGAGGAAGGCUUAGUUAGAAAGAAGUCUAACGGUGGUAGUACUGCUAGUGCGCUACCGCGGCAUCCCUUUUUUGUUUCGUUUGAUCUCGAAUCUGACAAAAACGAGAAUGGGAAACCGGUCAUCGGUAUGAAGGCGUACCUAUUCCCGCAACUUAAAGCUCUUGCAACGGGCCGGAAGCUGCUAGACGUUACGGAUUCCGUCAUACUAAGACUUGCCGAUGGCGACAAGGGCAUGUUAGCCGCAUGGAAACUGCUUACAACGUUUCUCGACUCCAACGGCGAAAAUAUCGACAUUGGUUUCCUUGCUAUCGACUGCCUGGCGCCCGAAAAGGAGCCUCGCGUCAAGGUAUACGUCCAAACAAAAUUUAACUCACUCGCCUCGGCCCGCCACGUCCUCACCCUGGGCGGCCUUCUUCCACCUUCUUCCGCCGAGUUUCUACCACCAGUCUGGCCCCUGCUUAUGAACAUGGAAGACGUACCCCAGGCCAAUAUGGACAGCCAGGAAAAACCGCUGAACGAUCCAGACAGCCGGUACUGCGGCCUCGGCUUCGCCUUUUCGCUAGUGCCAGGUAAGGCAAUCCCACAAAUCAAAAUGUACGUGUCCACUUGGCAGUACGCGCAUGAUGAGGCCGGGAUUAUAGACCGCUAUCAGCGCAUACUCCAGACGCUGGGGAUGAAGGGGAAUCACGAUAUUGGAGCCGCUGUCCAGUCCGCCUUUAAGGACAAGAGAGAGACAGGUCUAUAUACCCAUAUAUCGAUUAUUUCCUCGGCAAAGGGUGCGGAGCUUACUACCUACCUUGGGCCAAGGUUCUGGGAGUGA